ACCGCGCAGGGCAGGCCCCGGUGGCGCAGGGUAGGCCUCGGCCGCCGCUCGGCCCCGGCCUGUGACGAGGUCGCCGCCGCCGACUGAGGUGAGGGUAAGGGGCGAGAGGCGGGAAGGACGAACCCGGCCCUGCUCCGCUCCGCUUCUGUCUCCGCGCACGGCCCCGAGGGUUGGCUCGUCUUGCCACCAGGCUGCAUUGCCUGGAGAUACGUAACCUCCCUCACGCGGAUCCCCACGGCUGCUUCUCACGUUUCUGUUUCUCGUCUAAGGAUGUCUUUGCCGCUGCAGAGGUGGAGAUCCCUCUCCUGAUCAUCAGUGACCCUUCAAAAAACCAUUUCGGUUCAGUUCGAAGGAUCGUUUCUCAUUUUAAGGUAGCGAAAGUGGCUCUUGAGAGACUUCUGCUUUUCUCCCCAGCUCGUAGAGCUAUUUGAAAGGAAAAGAAAAAUUGGAUUCUCCCUGAAGUAACACCUGGAGCUUUCAUAUGAGCUGUCGGGCGAUACAAAGUGAAAAGCCUGGUGGUUAGAGCAGAAAAGGGUUUGGCAAGUAAAUAAUUCCUGGCUUUCCAGAGCGAUGGAUACAAUAUGCAUUAGCUUGGAGGUUGCUGAGGACACCUGAUAAAGCUGGCCACGCUGCUGCUGGCAGCAGGAGCUGUGAUGACUUACACUGCAAAGAAGUGUGGCAUCUGCUUUCAGCCUCCAUCCAUUGUCCUCAUCUACAAAGACAACAGUGAGGAUAAGACUCGCCAGCGCAUCAUGCCUGUCCGAAAUUUCUCCAAGUUCUCAGACUGUGGCUUGGCUGCCGAGCAGCUGAAAAAUAACUCUCGGCACAAGGCUUACCUAGAAGGAGUGUCACUGCGUCAGCUACAGAAGCUGUACAGUUUGCUGAAAGGUCAUCUGGGAGGAGAGAGCCUGGCUGAGAGCUUGGAAAAGUUUCAUCGGGAAGAGACCAUUGACCCAGAAGAGGAUAUGAACAAAUUAGAUGACAAGGAACUAGCCAAAAGGAAGAGCAUCAUGGAUGAGCUCUUUGAAAAGAACAGGAAGAAGAAGGAAGACCCAGAUUUCAUCUACGACAUCGAGGUUGAAUUUCCCCAGGAUGAACAGCUGGAGUCCUGUGGCUGGGACGUGGAGUCAGAUGAAGAAAUCUGAUUCUGGGCAAAGACAGGCAGUUCAGAGACGAGUUUCACAGUCCCGACAGAGAGAAUGAGGUCAGCACACGUAUUCUACCGCUUCGUUUUCUGUUCAGGCUGUUGAUGCACAUGACAUUGGCUAUGGAGAACCCAAGGCCUAAGAUGCUACAGCAAUUCCAGGUUUAAGUGAACUUUGUUUAAGAAGCCAGACUCGAUGAAAUUGGGCAGCUGAACUUACUGGGUGUUUUUAGUCUUUUCCUAUGUAUGAGUGCCUAAAAUAAUUUUAAAUUAUUUACAUUUUCACUUGUUUGCAUUUCAGUCAGCUUUGGCUGAAAACCUCACCAGCUUGUCUUGCUGUGAUCUUGAUUCAGCUUUGUCUGAAAAUGAAGUGUUAAAUAUUUACAUCUUGAAAGCAGUGUUAUAGCAUUGCUAUAUGCAUAUGGUAUUUAUUAUUACUUGUUGGAAUGUUAAAUAUAUAUUAGUCUCUCUGGAUAAAUCAACAUUGCAUUGAGAAUAUUACCCUGGUGUUUCCUGAGCAAUGCUUAAUUCUUGAGCUUCUCCUUACACAAUUAUAAAUCCCCAUAUUGAAAAACAGAAUAUCGAGAAAGUAA